AUGGCGACCAAAAUCACCGGAACAGAAUACAAGCGGUUAGCGGCGUUGAAUUUCUCGGAUGAAGGUGUCACGCUGCGAAACGAUGAAGUUCAAUGGAUUGCCCAGUGGGAACACAUGCUGAAGAACCUUACUACGCAGCAGCGGACCGUUUUCACAGCGAUUGUGAUUGUGAUAACAGCGUUAGCGGUUUUUGAGAAUGUUCUUACGGUCAUUAUCAAUAUUAAAAGGAAGCAACGUCAUCUAUUUCGACUCUGUCUACUUUCACUGGCUUUCAGUGAUAUCAUUUUCGUGGUCGUGACUUCCAUCAUAUACCUUUCGCAGUUCAACGGUGAAUAUAAUUCGUUUUGGACGCUGGGAGAUCUAAUGUGCUCUGUGGCGCCCUUUUUGCAGACCAUGGCAGUGUUGGUGAACAGCAUAACACUUGUCGUGAUCGCUCUAGACCGCUAUAUGGCGGUCACCCGUUUCAACAACGGUUCCUGGGAGCCAAGUGGAAUAUUCUGCUUCAUCUGUGCGGUAUUAAUAUGGAGUUUAGCAGCAGGAGUAUCAGCACCAAUGGCAACACUCUACCAAAUCUACAACAUAAUCCUUCUGAUGUCCGAAGCUGUCAACCCAGAGGCGAUCACCGGAUUCCUUUUAGCCCAGGUCUGUGGCACUGAGAAGAGCAAGAAUGGUUACUACUUCGUUAUCGUGUUCACGGUGAUUUUCAUCCCACUGCUGCUAGCCUUUCUGUGGCUGAAUUCCGUAAUUGCUAAGGAAAUCUGGGUUCGUCGGCAUCCGAUUCAAAAUCGCUACAGCUCUCCCAAAAAGCGUCAAACAUCCAGUUCGGCAGACAAUCCCAGCGAACGAAAAACCACAACUACCAACAUUAUAUCGGAACGGUCGAUCCAUUCUCGAAACUCACAACCAACGCCUGCCAUCUUCACCACGCAUAGCUGCACGUGCACCAACUGCUGCGACCCUUUUGCGCCUCCUAAGGACGCUGCCCCACCACCGCCUCCUCGAGCGACUACCGUAAAAAUGAUUGAUAAGACCAUAAUCUCAGCAGCGGACAGCAGCCGCAAACGUCGUCAGCUGCGUAUGUUCAAGGCCAUCGUAUGCAUCAUGGCGGUAUUUUUCGUGUGUCGCUUACCGACUUGGAUUUUUCUGCUUAUCAAACUGCACGGUGUCGCCAAUACCAACGUGUUCUGGGUGCUGCACUACACCUUUGGGAUAAUGGCGAUGCUGAACUGCAUGCUCAACCCAUUGCUUUAUACCUUCCUCAACGAGACGAUCAAGUUUAGCGCAUUUCUCAGAACGAUUUGCAUCCGCACUUGGUUGGAUCCUUGCCGCGAAAGGAUGAAUGGAUUUAGGGUCAAAUUUUGGAAGUGGAAAACCCACAGCAAACAGGGUAACAGUACGGUAACGAUUAGACGAACACACAGGGAUGGGAUUUUCCUGGGAGAGUGA